CCUCGUCUAGCCGAGGAAGCGUCACUUCCUCGUGUAAGGAAGGCGAGUGGAGUCAGGUGCGCUCAGUUUGGUCGACCAUCUUAAUUGGAGGCAUAAAUACUCCGAAUUUUUCUGUUGUCCCGUAUUUGGCGUCAUGUUUUGGCCACGUUCCCUCCACACACAGUCGCUCGACUCUUUGAGCAUUCAAAGAGGAACGUAGCAAAUGAUUUUUGCGAGCGUCGUCGCGGGACAUCCGCUGGAAUUGGACGAAGUGCACGGUGGGCGCUUUGCUCCGCUGCUGCAGGGGAGGAGGGGUUCCUGUGACGCGGCGGCGGCGGCGGCUCCGACGGUCCGGGCUCAUUCUGUGAGCAGAGCCGAGAGCUCAGCAUCUCUCUUGUCAGCGGCACUUGAGCGCCAGACGAGCAGGCACGUCUUUCGCGCCGCACUCUCGAGGGGAAGAGCCGAGCUCCGGGAUUUUACCGAGGUCCACCGAGCCAAGAACCAGACUCUCGUUUACCCCGCGCUCUGCAAGCAUGAACGCAGGCUGCGUCGCGGUGGCGUGCACCUUGUUCGUCGCCGCAUCCUGGGGGAGUAAGGCGGGCCUGUCGGCAAAACCUCCGUGCAGGUCGGGCUUCUCCCAGAACUUCUACACGGUGCUGGUUCCCAGGGUGGUGCUACACGGCCAGAACCUUCUCAAAGUGACCUUUGAAGAGUGCCGGCGCAGCAGAGAGGUGGGCUUUGUGAGCAGCGACCCCGACUUCGGCGUCAGGCCCGACGGGGUGGUGUAUGCCGAGCGGGAGUCGGCAAACCUUUCGGAGCCCGUCCAAUUCAUGGUGACCGCCCGAGAGCUCUUUGACCCGCGCGUCUGGGAGACCACCGUCAAGCUGGCGCCGGCCGGACAUCCCCGUCCUCCUCUCGCCCUGACCGAGGUCAGCAUCGAAGAAAUGCUCUCCAGAGUCUUGGAUUCCCUCCCCCGAGUCAUCCGAUUUCCUCGCAAGCACCCGAGAAGCUCUUUGGGGAACGGGCUGAGGCGACAGAAGAGAGACUGGGUCAUCCCGCCCAUCAACGUGCCCGAGAACUCCCGAGGACCUUUUCCUCACAUGCUCGUCAGGAUUCGCUCAGACCAGGACAAAGACGCCGGCAUCCGCUACAGCAUCACCGGGGCGGGUGCCGAUCAGCCCCCCAGCGGCAUUUACAACAUUGACCCCAUCAGCGGCAACAUGUUUGUCACUCAACCCCUGGACAGAGAGGAGAGAGCCUCCUUCCACCUGCGAGCCCACGCGGUGGACAUGAACGGCAACCAGGUGGAGAAUCCCAUCGAUUUGUACAUCUACGUGAUCGACAUGAAUGACAACAGACCCGAGUUUAAGAACCAGGUGUACAACGGCUCUGUGGCUGAAGGAUCCAAGCCGGGCUCGUCGGUGAUGCAAGUGACGGCCAGCGACUCGGAUGACUCCACCACGGCUAACGGCAUGGUUCGCUACCGCAUUCUCUCGCAGACGCCCCACAGCCCCAUCCCCAACAUGUUCACCAUCAACAGCGAGACCGGAGACAUCGUGACCGUUGCGGCCGGCCUGGACAGAGAGAAAGUCUCCCAGUACACGAUUAUCGUGCAGGCCACCGACAUGGAGGGCAACUUAAACUUCGGCUUGUCCAACACGGCCACGGCGCUGAUCUCCAUGACCGACAUCAACGACAAUCCGCCAGAGCUGACGGUCAGGACGUUUUCCGGGGAGGUGCCGGAGAACAAGGUGAACGUGGUGGUGGCCAACCUGACUGCGGUGGACCGGGAUCAGCCUCACAGUCCCAACUGGAACGCCGUGUACCGCAUCGUCAGCGGCGACCCCUCCGGACAUUUCGCCAUCCGCACCAACGCCGCCACCAACGAGGGCAUGCUGACUGUCGUCAAGCCAGUGGACUUUGAGAUGAACCGGGCCUUCAUGCUGACCGUGGUGGUGUCCAACCAAGCCCACUUGGCCAGCGGCAUCCAGUCCUCCCUUCAGUCCACGGCCGGCGUCACCAUCUCGGUUCAGGACGUCAACGAGCCGCCCGUCUUUCCCGUCAACCCCAAAACCAUCCGCUUCGAGGAGGGGGUUCCGGCGGGGACCACGCUGACCGUCUUUUCGGCUCAGGACCCGGAUCACUUUGUCCAUCAGAUUGUCAGGUACUCCAAACUGUCAGAUCCCGCCAACUGGCUGAGGAUCAACAGGACCAACGGGCAGAUCACGACCGUGGCCCAACUUGACCGAGAGUCCACGUACGUCAAAAACAACGUAUAUGAGGCCACUUUUCUGGCCUUCGACAAUGGUAAGUCUGGUUCGCCUCAAGCCAGCGGGACGGGCACCCUCCAGAUCUACCUGAUCGACGUGAACGACAACCCGCCGGCGCUGAUCCCCGCGGAGGCCCAAGCCUGCCAGCGGGCUCGCCCCAACUCCAGGAUAAACAUCAGCGCCUCUGACGCCGAUUCGGACCCCAACGUGGGGCCCUUUGGUUUUGAGCUGCCUUCCUCUCCUCCCAGUUUGCGCCGCAAUUGGACCAUUACCAGACUCAGCGGUGACCAUGCUCAGCUGCGCUUAAGGAUUCCCUACUUGGAGGCCGGCGUGUACGAGAUUCCCAUUACCGUGUCCGACUCGGGGAACCCUCAACUUUCCAACCGCUCCUUGAUCCGAAUCAAAGUGUGUCCCUGUGACGACAACGGGGACUGCAGCGCCACGGGGGCCGUGGCGGCCGCCGGCCUCGGCACGGGGGCCAUCAUCGCCAUCCUCAUCUGUAUCAUUGUCCUCCUCAGCAUGGUCCUCUUGUUUGUGGUGUGGAUGAAGCGCAGAGAAAAGGAGAAGCAGGCCAAGCCGCUGCUGAUCGACCCCGAAGACGACGUCAGAGACAACAUCCUGAAAUAUGACGAGGAAGGCGGAGGAGAGGAGGAUCAGGACUAUGACCUGAGCCAGCUGCAGCAGCCCGAGUCUUUGGAGCACAUCAUCAAUAAACCGGCGGGAGUUCGCAGAGUGGAUGAGAGGCCCGUCGUCCCCGAGUCGCAGUUUCCCGUCAGACCCAGUCUGCCCCACCCCGGCGACAUCGGAGAUUUCAUUCAUGAUGGUCUGCGGGCAGCGGACAACGACCCGGCGGCGCCCCCCUACGACUCCCUGCUGGUGUUUGACUACGAGGGCAACGGUUCGACCGCCGGCUCGGUCAGUUCGCUCAACUCGGCCAGCUCGGGCGACCAGGACUACGACUACCUCAACGACUGGGGCCCUCGCUUCAAGAAGCUGGCCGACCUCUACGGGGGAGGGGACGACGACUGAGAGUUCCCAGGAGGGGGCGCGGCGGGGUUGUUCCGGAUGGACGGACGACCCCUUGGAAAAACCGGGCUCGCCGGACCCUCACACGGGCUGUCGAUGCUCACCGGAGCUCUGGAAAUUCCACCGCAACUGUAUUCUGGCUUUAUACUUUUCAAUGGCAAAUUUGUUGGAUAUUGUUCUUUUUCUGGGGGGGGGGGUUGUCAGUCUCUCACCGUGCUGGACCCCCGAACUUUCUGGGGACAAAUCAAGGCGGUGGUGAGGCGCGCACUUCCUGAACUUGAGCUUUGAUUGUUGAAAAGAGGACCGUGUCUUGCUUUGGUGUCACACUGAAGAGAAUGUUUGCGGGGGGACGCUCACAACUUGAAUUUCCUUAGAACACGAGCACUGUCAUUUGAUAAAAGUGCCUUUUGUGCUGUGGGUUUUUUGUUUUGGGUUUUUUGUUUUUUCGGAUCAGACUCCUGCUAUCUCAGGAUCGCUUUGCCAUUCAUGCAGUACAGGGAAGGUCUUGAGAGUCAUCCCCCUUCGGCCCCCCAAACCAAUCUUGCCCAGAAAGGCCCAACCACUUGUCACGCUGGUGUGGCCCUAAAUGAGUGAGGAGCCACUUCUUCUUCGCAAAGCUGGCCCGGUAGACCCGAACGCUCGGACUACAACCCCCAACGGUUUUCUACUCCUUUUGGGAUUUGUAAACAAUGCCUGAACUUUCGUCCGUGGACUCAUCAAUUGUUGAGAUGCUUGCCUUGCCCUGUACGGUUGUCGUGUUGCUUUCUCCACAGCGUAAAGCUUCUGUUGGCAUGAUGGGAAGAAAGCGGGGACUUCACAAGACUCCAACGCCACCCCCCGCCCCUCCCCCCUCCCUCUCUGACAAGUCCCGAAACAUCACUGACACCUUUAACAUUCCCGUUUUUUACAGUCCGACGACAGUAUUGAAAGCUGCAUGAGUUUUGUUUUGUUUUUGGUUUUUUCAAUCACUUGUUCGUGUGUUUGGUGAGAAUGUGAACAUAGUCAAGAGGAAACUGUCUAAAUAUACUCCCAAUACAGAAAAAUAAAAAGAACGUAAGCAACAUGCAUCAUUUU